AUGAAGUCCUUCGAUCAAUUGGCUGAGGCUUUGAGCGGCAAGUUCACCCCCGAACAGCAGAUCACCCUGCGAGUGGCGCACUCGAAUCUACGCGACAUAUCGCGCCACGACUUCAAGGAGCUGCGUAUGUCCAUCACCCGGCUCGAGUUGAACCACGAUCAUCUGGGACUUGGUGUUUUCCACAGUUUGCACAUCGGCUCGCUCUGUAUAAUUAUCUUCCCUCGGAAUAACGCGUCCGGUGACCGUGAUCCUUUACGAGCGACACAAAGGACGAGCUGCCGGUCUUCCUUCAUUAUCCUACGGGUCGUAGACGGCGAUGUUUUCGCCGGUCUGGGUCGCACGCAGUACUUGAGUCUCGCGGACAACGAGAUGCCGGCGAUCCCGAAGCACAUCCUGUCGCAUCUGUCGCUGCUGAGGACUCUGGAUCUCAGCCGGAACCGGAUAAGCCGCAUCGAUUCGGAUGAUUUCAAGUACAAUCCGACGCUUCAGCACUUGGCCAUGGCCGGAAACGCGAUCUCGGAGAUGACCCCGAGCUCGCUGCCGCCUCUUGUGAAGCAUUUGCACGUCGGCAGAAAUCAUCUCAACAGUCUGAAUCAUACUUUAAGAGAUUUAAAUCAACUCGAGUGGUUGCUCAUUAAUUCUAACGAGCUCACGUCACUCGACGGCGAGCUACCGUCGUCCGGCCACAAUCUCAAGAUGCUUUAUGCCGUGGAUAACAAACUGACGCAUCUGCCGGCCGAGUUCCGAUACCUCCACCGUCUGGAGACCCUCUUUCUCCAGCACAACAAGAUCCGAAAACUCGACGGCACGCUGCAGAAGGCCAGACGCUUGAAAUUCUUGGAGCUCUCGUACAACGAGCUGCAGGAGCUGAACGCGGACGAUUUCAUAGAGGCCGAGAUGUUGGAGGACCUCGAGCUCGGACACAACUCUCUCAAGUCCCUCGGCAGCGCGGACGGCGACGGAAACGGGAGCGCCCUUUACCCUCUCAGAUCGCUGAAGAUCCUGAAUCUCACGCACAACGAGCUCCGCGAGUUCUCGCUGGCCUCCCUGCGCGGUGUACGCGAGCUCAGAUUGCUCGAUCUAUCGAACAACCGGAUCGCCAGAUUACACAGAGGAAGGCCAUCCUCCGAGAAUCUGGUGGAGGAGGAGGGCGAGGAGAUCGCAGGCGGCAACAUCCAGGAGCUCGGUCUCCAGCAUAACGAAUUGCGCAGCCUGGAUGGCUCCUUGUUUCUGGGAAUGAAGGAGCUGCAAAAGCUCAAUCUGAGUCAUAACGCGCUAGGCCCUACGAUCGGACCGCGCGACCUGCGCGGUCUCGACGGCCUGCGCGUACUCGAUAUCUCGCACAAUCAACUCACCACUCUCGAGGACACGUCGGAGACGUGGCUGCCGUCCUUGGAGGAAUUGAACGCGUCACACAAUCGCCUGGUCAUACUGUCCGGCCGAGAUUUUCGCGGCUUUCCGGUGCUCUGCUGGGCCGACGUCAGCAUGAAUCAAAUACGUACUCUCAUGCCGGAGCUGGUGGCCAAUACACGAUGCACGAUUCACGGAGUCCCCGACGUGCUACGUAUAUACCUUCAAGAUAAUCCCGUGUUGUGCGACGCCGGACUGGCUGACUUGACCGUCGCGCUCGAGGUAAAUCACGCCAAGGUUUACGGGGUCGGCAGCGAUUGUCCGAGUACAACGACGUCGGCACCAUCGCCUCCGCCGCUUCCGACGACGACGACGACGACGACGUCAGCAACGACGACGACGACAACGACGACAACGACGACGUCGUCGUCGACGGCAGUCGAGCCGACAUCGGUUCUACCGCCGGCGCCGUUGCCGCCGAAGCUGCUGCUGGCCGCCGCGGCGGCCGUGUCGGGCGGCAACGUGUCCUUCGCCGCCACCCUCGAGUAAAAAAGGGUGCCGCAUCGCCGCGGUGCGUAGUGGCGCUUUGAGAAUAAUUGCGCGAGCACCGCAUACAGUAGAGUGAAAGAGAAAGGUCUGGCGAGAAGCGAAGGAAGACCGGUGUAGAGAAAUUUGCGCGGUGUAAAAAAAUCGCGCGAGAAUUUGUUGUCUUCGAUUGGUCGAGAUGGCGAAGAAGACCAUCAAAGUACGUAGCGGAGCGACCGUCAAAAAUAAUGGCGAGCCGUCUUCACAGAGACACCCACUUAAUCGUGCGUGUCGCGCGUACGUACGUAUCGUAACGAGCUCGACGAUAUUCCGAGCGUUCUCGACAAAUUUCGUUCUCCGCGAUUCCCGAGGACGAAUGUGUGUAUGUGUGUCUGUGUCCACGUGGACGGAGAAGCGAUUUUACGAUCAGCGGUUUUGUAAUCGUCACGACAAAUCCUGAGGUGGUCCGCACAAUUCCGAAGAUAUUUAUUGGAUAUUUGUUUGGGGAAAAAUUGUCUAAUAAUAAUUAAGACCGGAGUGGUAAAUCUCGAAAUAAUUCAAAAAAAUUCAAGAUUCAGCGCGGAGUUCGUAGUCGAUCAGAAAUGAAUGAACGCGGGAUUGUGCGAUUACGUACAAAACAUAUCGACCGUCGUAUUUCCUUUAUCAAUAACAGGCGCAAGGCUCUUACAUGUCCUUCCGUUGUAAAUAGUCUGUACCAGUAGAAGAUCCCGUUCGUAUAGAAAUAAGCCAUUUUUAAUCCAGCGUUCCUUUUUCUCAAGUUAUGUAUGAAAUAGAGAAUAGCCGAACGAAGCGUUAUUCGCAGAACUCGAUAUUUUGUCAAUUUAUUUCUUACGUUCAAUUCUUACAUAAAGUAAUUUUUUGCGUGUUCAGGACACAAGGAAUCACAAGCAAACUUAAUCAUGUGCUAUAUGAUUUUGACAGUGUUACAAAGGAAGGAUUAAUAUAUGAAUCAUAUUAAUUCGUGUUAAUUAUUAAUAUAAUAAUAUAUUUCUUGUGGUUAACAUAAUUACAAAAUAUAUAUAUAUAUAUAUUUCGAGAAUAUCAAGUGCGUACAGAUUCAAGUAUUUCGAACACGCGGCGGAAAUAUACUAAUCAUCGUUUUCUGAUACUAGUUGGGUUUCCGACGUAUCACGUAACGGAAUGACAUUCUGAGCGGGGGGAAACGGCCGCAACAUUCUACAGCGUAAUAAUUCGCAGAAGAUUUCGGUCUUUAAUUAAAUUCCACGAUGGUCAUGUGUAUGCAAGCGAAUUCCCGGCGGGUCAAUGGAGCAAAUGAAAUCUGUUAACUUAUGCCGUUAGCAUAGGCAGAUUGGCAGUGGGCGAUCAAUUGACUCCUUCGUUAACUAGUACCAAUAGGGACGAAUUGUUAUCAGCGUGCUUCCACGCAUACAUAAUGGAUCAGCCCAUUUAUCCGCGUACGGCGUUCGGCUCUCUAUUCCAUACGCGCGUAAAUAAUAUUAAUAAAAUAAAUGUAGCAUAAACGCGCGCGCGCGUGUUCGUAAAAAUUCGCGAAACAAAAGUUUUUCCUGAAACCGUAACAUUAUAAUAUUACACAUAUUAAUUAAAAAUUUCAAAAUUUGGAUACUUUAUGCGUGUAAUUAGUAUGAGAUGUAGCAUAAAAUAUCAUUUGUAAAAGUACACAAGAUCUACAAAAGUUCCACGCAAAAAACGUCCUUUUAUAAUUGAUAUCGUGAAAUUAAAUUUACAAACGUUAAAUCUAAACGAAAUUAUAAUUUUGGCUCGAUUCUUUUGACACGUCAUAUACAUUGCAGAAGGCAGGCAAUAAAACGACUGCUAGCUUAAUCAGCUAGAACUCAAAAUCAAAAUAAUUUAUCUCUAUCAAGUAUUUUAAUGAAGAUUAACUUUGCGCGUCGUAGAGACAUCGCGAGAAUCGCAAAAUAAAUGAUUAAGUAUUAUAACAAGCAUAUGUAAUGUCUACGUAACAAAUAUUCAAGUAUUUAUGCAUACAGAAAAUAUCACAGAAAUGAUUAAAAAUACGUAGAGUAUAUUAAUUUAAAGUCCAAGAGCACUGGUCUUACUUGGAAGUGAAUUUCUCGCGGUGUGUUUGCAAGACGUUGCAGCGCUAUAUGUAUUUAGGUACCAUUUACACGUAUGUAUAAGUUUAUGUACAUAUAUAUACUUAUAAAAAGACAAAUCAGA